AUGUCUGGGCUUGAAAUUGCCUCUGCCGCCGUUGUGGGCUCCCAGUUGUUGGAUGCCAAAUUGCACGUUAGUGAGGACCUCAACUUGAUCAAAAACGUGGUCUCUAAAGCUGUGCCAUAUCUUUAUUCCGCCUACAGGGGAAAGGCUUCCUACUGGUACCUUUUCGAAAAGGCUGCCUUGAAAUACCCUGACAACUUGGCAGUGUCGUUCCCUCGUCCUAAGAAGGAUGCUCCUGCUCCCCAGAAGGACGCUGAGGGCUUCCCCAUCUUCGACGAGCAGUUCACCAUGGAGAGCUACACCUACCGUGAGUUGUACGCCAUGGUGUUGCGUUUGUCUUACAUCUUGAAGAACGACUACGGCGUCACCUCCAAGGACACUAUCGCUCUUGACUGCAUGAACAAGCCUUUGUUCUUGUUGUUGUGGUUGGCUUUGUGGAACAUUGGUGCCGUUCCUGCUUUCUUGAACUACAACACCAAGGACAAGCCCUUGGUUCACUGUAUCAAGAUUGCCGAUGUGUCUCAGGUCUUCAUUGACCCAGAUUGUGCUCAGCCAAUCAAGGACACUGAGCCAAUGAUCAAUGAAGAAUUGCCCAAUGUCAAGUUGCACUACAUCAAUGAGCCAGAGUUGCUCAAGGUGUUGAGCGACAGAUCUAGACCUAAGCACAGAGCCCCAGACAACACUAGAAGACCAGAGGACAAGGACUCGUCUUGCUGUGCUUUGAUCUACACUUCUGGUACCACCGGUUUGCCCAAGGCCGGUAUCAUGUCUUGGAGAAAGGCCUUCAUGGCGACUGCCUUCUUCGGCUCCAUCAUGAAGAUCAAUAAUAAAUCCACUGUCAUGACUGCCAUGCCUCUAUAUCACUCUACUGCCGCCAUGUUGGGUGUUUGUCCUACCCUUUCUACAGGUGGUUGUGUGGUUGUGUGUCAAAAGUUCUCUGCCUCCACAUUCUGGACUCAGGCUAGAUUAUCCGAUGCCACUCACAUCCAGUACGUCGGUGAAGUUUGUCGUUACUUGUUGAACUCCAAGCCUCAUCCAGACCAAGCCAAGCAUCAGGUUAAGAUCGCUUACGGUAACGGUUUGAGAAGAGACAUUUGGAGAGAGUUCAAGAGGAGAUUCCACAUUGAGGGUGUUGGUGAGUUCUACGCUUCUACCGAAUCUCCUAUUGCCACCACCAACAUUCAAUACGGCGACUUUGGUGUGGGUGCCUGCCGUAAGUACGGUUCGCUUAUCUCCUCUGUCCUUGGCUUCACCCAGGUAUUGGUCAAGAUGGACCCUGAUGACGAGAGUGAGAUCUGGAGAGACCCUAAGACCGGCAUGUGUGUCAAGGCCGACGUUAACACUCCAGGUGAGUUGUUGAUGAAGAUCAUGGACGCCAAGAACGUUGAAGGCUCUUUCCAGGGUUAUUACGGUAACAACGAGGCUACCAACAAGAAGGUUAUCAGAGAUGUGUUCAAGAAGGGCGAUGCCUGGUUUAGAUCUGGUGACUUGUUGAAAAUGGAUGAGGACAACUUGUUGUAUUUCGUCGACAGAUUGGGUGACACAUUCAGAUGGAGAUCCGAGAACGUUUCUGCCACUGAGGUUGAGAACGAAGUGAUGGGCUCUGGUGCUAUCAAGCAGUCCGUCGUUGUUGGUGUUCGUGUGCCAAACUACGAGGGUAGAGCUGGUUUUGCUGUCGUUGACCCCGCUGAUGGUCUCAGCGAUGAGGAGGUCUUGGCCAAGAUUCACGAUCACGUUGUCAAGUCCUUGCCCAAGUAUGCUGUUCCUCAAUUCAUCAAGAUCAAGUCUGGUGGAAUUGCUGCUUCUCACAACCAUAAGGUUCCAAAGAACCAGUUCAAGAACCAGAAGUUGCCAAAGGGCGAAAACGGUGACGAUCUCAUCUACUGGUUGAACGGCGACCGUUACGAAGAGUUGACCGAGGACGCCUGGGCCCACAUCAUGAGCGGCAAGACCAAGUUAUAA